AUGAAAACCGGUACCAGCAGCGAUAAAGAAAACAUCCCGUGCAUCCUGUAAAUACCCAUUUGGGGGCUAUAUAAAAGUCCCAGGAGGGAAGGAGUCUUUUGGAGUCGGGCAACUUGAGUUUUGCUGUUGAUCUUUGUUCCUCGCUUCUUAGGAUGACUUCCGACAGCUCCCCCACAUCCUGCUCUUCUGAGCCCCAUGCCGGGGUUUCAGAUGGUGCAACUGCUUCAACCUGUUCCACGGAAACCACUGGUCUCCCCAACACCUGUGCUACAUCCAGAUGCCAGACUCCUGGCUUCCUGUCCACGUCUCGCUUGCCAACCACUUGCUUCGUGCCAUGCUACCUCGCUGGGAGUUGUAACCUUCCCUGCGUGCUGGGGAACUGUGCUUGGUGCGAGGACGGGGUGUUCAACAGCAACGAGAAGGAGACCAUGCGGUUCCUGAAUGACAGACUCGCCAACUACCUGGAGAGGGUGCGUGGCCUGGAGGAGAUGAAUGCCGAGCUGGAAUGCAGGAUCCGAGAACAGUGUGGAGGGGACAUCCCAUUGGUGUGCCCCGAUUAUCAGUGUUACUUCGACACCAUUGAAGAUCUCCAACGAAAGAUUUUGUGCACGAAGGCAGAGAAUUCUAGACUCACUAUACAGCUUGACAACUGCAAACUGGCGGCCAAUGACUUUAGGUCAAAGUACGAGUCGGAGCUGUCUCUUCGCCAGCUGGUAGAGACAGACAUUGGCGGCCUACGAGGGAUCCUGGACGAGCUGACCCUGUGCAAAGCCGAUCUGGAGGCCCAGGUGGAGUCCCUGAAGGAGGAUCUCCUUUGCCUUAAGAAACACCAUGAAGAGGAGAUCAACUUGCUCCGUGGACAGCUUGGUGACCGACUCACUGUGGAGCUAGACAGUGCCCCCAACAUCGACCUCAACGGGGUCUUGAAUGAGAUGCGCUGUCAGUAUGAAACAGUGCUCGCCAACAACCGCAGAGACGUGGAAGAAUGGUUCGCUGUUCAGACGGAGGAGCUGAACCAGCAGCAGCUGUCCAGUGCAGAGCAGCUGCAGGGCUGCCAGAUAGAGAUCCUGGAACUGAAACGAACAGCCAACGCUCUGGAAAUUGAGCUCCAAGCACAGCAAAGCCUGACAGAAUCUCUGGAAUGCACGGUGGCAGAAACGGAGGCCCAGUACAGCACCCAGCUGGCCCAGAUGCAGGGCCUGAUCGACAACGUGGAGGAGCAGCUGGCCGAGAUCCGCUGCGACCUGGAGCGGCAGAACCAGGAGUACCAGGUGCUGCUGGACACAAAGGCCCGGCUGGAGGGUGAGAUCGCCACGUACCAGGGUCUCCUGGAGAGCGAGGACAGCAGGCUUCCCUCUAACCCAUGUUCCACGACAAGCGCGUCACGCAACACUGGAGAGCCGUGCUCGGCGUAUGUACUUUGCACAGUCGAAAACUGCUGUGCGUGA